AUGGAGUCAGCAGGAGCAGGCGCACUCCCAGGGUCCGUGGAGGAGCGAGUUCAUCACCACACGGCAGUGUUACACCAGCUGGGGACCGCCAUGGAUCAGGUGAUGGCAACGAUGGAGAGAUGGGAGAGAGGUGGCCUUCCCACACCUGUAUCAGCCACACCCCAAUCAGUACCACUACCCUCUCCUUCAUUGCAUGAGCACAGUGGGAUUCGACUCGUCCUCCCGAGGGAGUACGAUGGGACGGCGGCAGGGUGCCAGGGGUUCUUACUCCAGAUAGACCUAUACCUGGCGACCGUUCGUCCGGCUCCUUCGGGAGCCCUGGAGUGGGCCAACGCGGUAUGGAACGAUCCUGACUCGGCGAGGGACAACUACCCAGAGUUCACCCGCCGCUUUCGGGCCGUGUUCGAUCACCCACCUGAGGGUCGAGCGGCGGGAUGGAACGACAGGGCCUUGAUCGAUCACUAUAGGUGUAGUUUGCGUGAGGACGUCCGUAGGGAGCUGGCCUGUAGAGACACCACCCUCUCCUUGGACCAGUUGAUCGACAUGUCCAUUCGGUUGGACAACUUGCUGGCGACCCGCGGACGUCCAGAUCGGGCUCUGUCAGUUCCAUUCCCCAGCUCCACCACUCCAACACCCAUGGAGCUAGGUGGUGCUGCAGCGAGGGCGACCGGAGGAGGGGGCCUUUCCUGUGCCAACUGUGGUCGCAGAGGGCACACUGCUGACCGGUGCUGGGGGGGUCCUCCAGGGAGUCGAGACGCCAGGCCGAGCACUGCUCGGACACCUCAGCCGGUCCUGGUACCAUGGCAUCAGAGCCAGACCGAGGCUCCUGUGGUGGACGAUUGGGUGAGACGCUCAAGGGAAACCUGGGAGGCCGCCUACGGGUACCUUAAACGGGCCGAAGGGCGGCAGAAGGCCAGUGCCGACCGCCGCCGCAGCGAGGCCCCUGUGCACACACCGGGGGACCGGGUCUGGCCGGUGGUGGCUGGUCCGCUUCAAGAAGAUGAGGUGCGGGAGAUCCCUCCGCCCCCCCUGGACAUCGGGGGGGGGCGCCGGCUCUUGUCCCUCUUUCUCUGUCUGUUCCUCCAGUUCCAGGCCAAUGUGGAUGAGGGCUCCACAGGGGUGGUGGUCAACCUGACUGUGGACGACAGAGAUGACCCUGCGACGGGGGCGUGGCGAGCCAUCUACUCCAUCAUCAACGGUGAUCCCACCCAGAGCUUUGAGAUCCAAACCAACCCUGACAACAAUGAGGGCAUGCUUUCCCUCAUCAAGCCUCUAGACUAUGAGAGCUUAGUGUUCCACACACUGCUGAUCAAGGUGGAGAACGAGGACCCCCUGGUGCCAGAUGUGGGCUACGGCUCCAGUUCUACAGCCACCAUACACAUCACCAUCCUGGAUGUGAACGAAGGACCCGUCUUCUUCCCCGACCCCCUCCAGGUCACCAAGAUGGAGAACGUACCCUUGGGAAGCUUCGUGGCCUUACUCAAUGCCACCGACCCAGACGUCCUCCAAUCACAGAGCAUCAGGUUUGCAGUUCUGAGAGACCCGGCUAACUGGCUUAGUGUGAACCCGGUUAGAGGUACGGUCAACACCUCUGCCAAUCUGGACAGAGAGUCGCCUUACGUUCAAGACAACAAAUACACUGCCAUCUUCAUGGCCACAGACAACGGUAGCCCACCAGCCACUGGUACUGGCACUCUGGUCAUCCACCUGGAGGACUACAAUGACAAUGCUCCCUACGUUCACCCAUCUGUGGUACGGGUGUGUGAAGACGCCAAGGACAGUGUGGUGAUAGUGGGGGGACGGGACAGGGACAUCCACCCCAACACUGGGCCCUUCAAGAUCGAGCUGGGGAAACAGCCAGGGCUGGAGAAGACGUGGAAGGUCUCCAGGGUCAACAACACACAUGCUCAGAUCAUGCUGCUACAGAAUAUGAAGAGGGCCAACUACCAGUUGCCUCUGGUGGUGACAGACUCUGGACUGCCUCCGCUCUCCAACAGCACCGAGGUCAAGGUCCAGGUGUGCACCUGUAAGAAAAACAGAAUGGACUGCAGUGGUGCUGGCUCUGAACGCUCCAACCUGAUGUUGCUGCUGGGACUAGUCCUGCUCUCCCUAAUCUGCCUGUAAAUUGUGCUGAAAUCUACUGUAGUCUACAUACAACACUGAAGAGAAACAACAUAUCUCCCCUACGUGAUCAAGCCUAAGGAAAGAGAAGACCUCUCACCAUAACGACAACAACUAGCAAACAAUUUAAAAAACACAGUUCAGACUGGACCUCUGUAGUACUGAGCUUCUUGGGUGUCCCAACGAUAUCUCACCCAUGCGUGGUCCCAGGCUCCCCACCAGGUUUUAGUAACCCCCCUUCAUCUCUACCUCACCCGUCUCUAUGUCCAUUACCGCCCCUAGCUCUGUUCCCCCUCACCUGAACAGUUGUCGUUGCCCCUGGUCUUCUCCCUUGCCCGUCCCUCUCCCACUCCUUGCCCGCCUGUCUUCUCCCUCCAUCGCUGUGUUGUCAUGGACACCACCUCCUAAAUGGACUCUUUCACUGGGCAAGGAAACACUGCAUAGUUUGAGCUACUGGAUACUGGAUGGGGAAAAGCAUUUACUUUUUGAUGUAUUACUUUAUUUUAACUUGUUUCCUACUGUAAUGAGAGACAAAAGCCAGUUUUUGUCUGCAGUGGUUGUGGUCUCUGUGGGCAAGAUGGUAGCCAUAAGCCUUCUCAAGUCAGAAGUUUCUGGAGUCUUUUUUGAUUUAUUUUGUUUCUAUUGCAUUAGUUGUCAUGGAGUGGAAAACAAUAUCUUUAUAGUAAUGGUGUGAAACUUUUUAAAAAGUACACUAUAUAUAUUUUAUUUUUUACCAUUGUACAAAUAUAUUAAUUAACUUAUGUACUUGGACUGAAGGCUCUUCAAUUACCCUCACAGAAGAAAAAUAACUGAAACCUUUUUGUGGACUUUAGGCACUAUUUCUAAUGCUAUCGAUGUGUUUCCUAUUUUUUAUGUAAAUCAAUUUUUGGGGUUGGAACCAAAAUAAAUCAUUUUUCAAUCGUUUUAUUCAGGAACAGAAUCAUUUUUUGUUGUUGUCACAUUCCACUGUUCCGACCUGCAAAAUAAAGUUCUGUACCGGUUCAAACCCCAAAAAAGUAACAAUUUAUAUCGUACCUUUUCUGAUUUUUUUUUUUUACAUUCAGCUCAACAUUAAAUUAUUUCACCAAUCAGGGCGUAUAGAGCAGCUUGCUAUGCGUGAGAUGCGACAGAAAUUUUGUGGCUGCGUCUUGGCUCCUGCUGCCUUUUCAACGUCCGUUGAACCUCACGGUCUUGCUGAGUGGUCGGCACUCUCCGACGGUAACAAUGUGGCUUGAAGCGUUGAGCAUCUUGAUAUGACAUGCAUUAUCUGAAUUAAGCCCACAUAAUUAUACCUGCUAGGGAUCGGCUUCAAUGGAGGAACUUUAGAGAGUUGGCUUAACGUUGGACCAGAGCUAGCUACCAGAAUUAAAAACCAUACCUUUUGUAGUUAAUAAAUCCAAUGUGAAACGUGAUAAAUAUAGUAUCCUUAACUAGCAUUGAAAAAGUGAAUCCCUUCUUUUCUAAUUUAAAAUCCCUCCCUAACUUGUGAAUAAUGCUUAUAAUGUCAGUAGGCUACAAUAGUGGGAGAGGCAGGUAGCCUGCGCACACACUGGCAAAGAUUUUCAGCUGGCAAAGAUGUUCAGCUGGCAGGGAGACGCUGGAAUACAUUUCUGAGUGAGGGCUUUGCAUAGGCGCUUUGUUGCAUUUAUACCGAAAAAAAAAUGCCCGGAAUGUAAAGGAACGUUAUUAACUGGUUCCCAUGCUGUUCAGAUUACGGUUCUGUUCCGGAACAGUAUAGAUCACUUUCGUUCCCUGUUCUGAUUCUGUUCCUUGAAACCUGAACCGGUUCCAACCCCCGAUCUGGAGUUUUCAUUUGCUUUGAAGAUUGGCCAUCUGUCUGCCUUGUGUUACAUGGUCUUGUUUCACUACCACUAACCCCCCCCCCCCCCC